GCCGGACCUGCCACGUGCUAUCGAUAAGAAGAAGAGCCAGAAAUGGGUGGAAAGACAAAACAAGCGCCGCGCACGAAAAAUAAUGCAAAGCCCUCAAGCAGCAGUCGCACCGCCGAGCUGCUGGGCAGUUCCACGCCCAUUUUCGUGGGCUUCUCGGCGCAGUCGGAUGGCGGAGGCCUAGUGCCAUUUGCUCCGGGAUUCGUCAGCGCCGAGCAAAUGCCGGAUAGCUUCGACGCGGCCAUCAGUCCGCAGACGCAGAUUAUCCUGCGCAAGUUGUCCAAGAAAGACCCCAUGACCAAGAAGAAGGCGCUGCAGGAGCUGCACGAGUUGAUCGAACAGUCGGAUGUGGAGGCCCUGAAGAAUAUCCUUCCGCUGUGGCCCAAGUACUACCUGAACCUGGCCAGCGAUCCUGAGCACAACGUCCGGGAGCUGACGCAGACAGUGCUGCAGUUGCUCAUGGCCAAGUGCAAGAAGGCGAUGGCCCCGUACCUAAAGCUGCUCGUCCCCGUUUGGCUCGGCAGUCGCUUUGAUACCUACGCACCGGCGGCCAGCAUUGCCGGGCAAUCUUUUCGCGACACCUUCGCAGGCAACGCAAAUCGCACCAGGGAGGUGUGCCUGCACUGUCAGAUGGAGAUUCUGGAGUAUGCCACCCGCAACCUGACCUUCCACACAGCCGCCACCCUGUCGAUCGGUAAAAGUCUCACUCCGGAGGAGGCGGAACAGAAGUACCAGCGCGUGGUGAUCAGCAGCCUCAAGUUGUUGUCGUUCUUCAUGGAGCAAACUGCGCAGGCGGGGGAGAUCAGCCAGGUGAAGCAGGGUUUCGUCACCCUGGUGACGCACCAGAAGUUUUGGAGCUUCGCCAAGCACAAAGUGCCGCCCAUAAAGGCGGCCUGGUUUGAGUGCAUCUAUCACAUUCUGCAGUCAACUGCCCUUUUAGAGGUAAUCUCGCCUCAGAAGGCGCAAUUGACGACCCUGUGCUUCCAGUUUAUAGACGACGCUGAUCCUGUGGUGGCUCCACAUAUUUGGGGAUGUGUUUUGCUCAUACAAAGCAACUACGAGGAUUGGUUUGUUCCGCUUAACAUUCGAAAGGCUCUCGUUCCCAAACUUUCCUCCCUUCUCCGCAACGGUUUCAAUCGCAACGCCCAGGCCAUCUGCCCCAACUUACUCCCAUUCCUUUCUAAAAUUACACCAGCUUCCCUCCAAGACCUGGAUAUCUACGAUUUCUAUCAGCGCUUUUUCGAGGACAUGAAGGUGGCAGUCACGGAAAAAUUCGAUCCCCCGCUACCGAAAUCCGAUUGUACUGUAAUUCACAAUGCCUAUUUCGAGUGUCUGCGUUUCCUGUUGCAGCAGAUAAACAACAACAAAGAGCGAGAGCAGAAGGAGCAGGAAUUCGGAACUAAAUUGCUUCAAAGCAACGUACUCGAACCCAUUGGCUGGCUGCUGAAGAGCGAUAGUGCCCACGUGAAGAUCUUCUUCCAACACAGUUCUGCCCUGGUGGCCUUUUGGGAUCGGCAGAUUAACAAUAGAUUGGAUAAUGGUGGCCUGUAUGCCAAGUUGCUGAGUCAGUUCUGGACAAGCAUUUUUGAGCUGGUCACCCAGGAUCUGGCUGCCGAGGAGGUGAAUGAACAGCUGCUCUCACAUGUCCUGCUUUUAGUUCAGGAUCUGCAUAUGGCUAACCCUAGCCUGGAGACCCAGAGUGUGAAGUUUGUUGAGCAGCAAGAUGGAAAGGUGGAGAAAAGCGAGCCCACUACGCCAGUUAAAAAGGCUCAGGAAGCUGCGGCUUUCAUACAAAAGGAGCUGAAACAGUUGGUUGUGAAGUUAGUGAGAAUCUGUCUUGAUAAGGCUAAAAGCAGUGGGAGUGGAAGUUCAUCCUCGCGGUACAUUGAGCAAAUUCGCACCCUCACCAAAAUGUUUAACGAUGCAGCGUUCUACAAAAGUCUAACUGAUGUCGGAGAUUUGGAAGGAGCUCUCAACAAAUUGGUUUCAUUGUUGGGACAACUGGAAGAUGACGCUUGCGAGUCUGUGGUGGAGAUCGUGUUUGAGAUUUUGCCGUUGGUUGGGUCGGAGAAACGUUUUGAAUAUAUUGAAAAUACUCUCUUAAAGCUCUCACAACACCGCGUGCAGAACCUUUUGCUUCACCGUCUACUAUCUUAUCCGUUGUGCACCGAGCCCCCCGUGCGGCAGAUGCUCAGUGGUCCAGAAACGUGCGCCGUGAUUGCACGGAUUGCAGAGGAGGUUGUGGUGGACAAUGAUCGGGAAAAGCUGAACCUGCUUCACAAGUGCUUUUUCCAAACGGACACGGGGGACAUACUUAUUAAUGCUGAGACUGUGGAUAAAAUACUGCUGGCCAUGUCCGGGCCCCUGGGGCAGCCGGUUGUUAAUGACAUGGUGGAAGUGUGUGGCAGCUUUAUUGCCCAGAUAAUGCCUGUGAUUUGCAGCAACGACAACUCUUCGUUGCGCGUGCGCCAACAGAUCUUCCUUAACUUGUUCAAAUUUAGUUUGGAGCAUCGGCCGGAGGAUUAUUUGUCGGAGGAUACUCUGUGGGAAAUUACGACCUGCUGGCAGGACGCACUUUCUAGUAAAGACAUUGAGAUCAAUGAUGACAUGCUGAAGAGUUGUGCGGAAAUUGUUGAGAACUUGGCAAAUUCAGUGGAACUGAAGGCGGAUAAUUUGGACGGGAUGGCAGAGGCAAUGGCAAAGUUUGUCAUUUGCUCCACGGAAAAUAUUGAGGACGAGAAAAGGCGCUUGGAGCGCAUUGAUCAAACUAUAGCGGCUAUUCUGGAAUCCCCGCUAAAAACAUUCGAAAAGAUUCAGCAGUUUGAGAAUCAUUGCGUGCUUCUGGAAGCCUUGCACGGAUCUGUCAGUGCGGGAAUUCCCUUCGAAAGCGCGUCCAUGGCCAAGGAUAAAAUAUUACCAUUACUUCAACGUUCCACCCUUAACUUUUCAACCAUAUACAAACUUGUUUAUCAAUUCCCUCCAACACAAGACACAAACGAUCCCGAAGAUGAAUUGACCGAAGAUUACUGUGAUCCAAAUGCCGACGUGCUUAAAAUUUGGAACGAACCCUUGAUUGGUGAACUUUUACAGUGCAUUCGAGUCGCUGGGACCGCGGAGUGUUGGCUGGAAGUGUCAGAGCUGCAAUCGUCGUCGGAAGAAUUAGUGCUGAUCCUAUCGGAGAAGGUUCAAAGCUUUAUGGGCAAUAGCAGUGAUCUGGUUGGAAUAGUCAAGGAGCGUCUUCAGCAGGAUGCAGUGCAGCAGUCCAGCGUAAUCGGAUGUCGUCUACUGAGUUACUUUAUAUUCUGUCCUCAGUAUGCGGCUUUCGAAGAAAGUGCGUCCAUAUUGCUGCACGAAGAUCUCUCCGAAUCUUUGGUGACGCAAGGAGCCCUCAAGACCUACGUAAUGGCACUACAGUUUCUGCUGCCGAAGCUUUCUCAAAAAGCAAUCACUCUUAAUUCGGCCAUAAUGAGAACGGAACCACCUGAGAUUUGGGUGAAGGCAGCUGUUUUCCAUGCCCUACUGUUAAACAAUUUUGAAGCCGAGGUGAAUGAACAAACAGAUCGCAAUAUAAUUGCAUCAGCCGUGCAGUUUAUGACUAGCAUAGGGGAAAAGCAAGCCAGCCAAAAGGAUUUACUUCAUUACAAUGUGGAAAUACAAAAGCAACCCUAUGAAGCCGUUCUAAACACAGUAGAGUUUAUAAAACUUCUAACUCAAGUUUUGAAACGGUUUCCCUACGAGCUGAGCAUAAAGAACUGGGAUGCAAUUCGAAUUGGUCUUAGCUCUUGGAUUCUGUCUGUUUCUAAAUCCAUAGCUCAUUUCAAUGAUCCAAAGACUUCGCUUUUUGUUGUGGCUGUUUAUCAAUUGUUUGCCUCCUUGGUAGAAUUUAUACGCUCCGAGAAGCAGAAGAGUUCGACGGAGUUGCUCAAGAACAUGAUUGAUGAAUGGGACUCACUGUUUGCCAAGGAAGUAAAUGUAGUGCUCUUUAAGUCAUUUUAUCAGUUAACCCACGAGGCGACUGUGGAGCCAGGGUUUCAAGCGUGCUAUGAAACCUUGCUGGAACGUCUAGCGCCGACUCUAGAGCUCAUUGAUUACAGUUUUGUUUAUUCGUUCUGCAAGAUGAAUAGUAACAUCAGCUUGGACCACCUGUGUAAUUUCCUGUUCAAGCAGCUCUACAGUACUCAGCACUCAAUUCGAUUGAGUGCUGUAAAUUCUCUCCGCCAAUUAACACCACAUUUCGUGGCCGACGACAUAGAGUUGAAUGAGAAGCAGAGCGAAAGUCUGGACGCCGCAACCACGAUCUCCAAAUGGCACUUCCUCAAUCGUUUUGAGGACUACCUGACUCGCUACGACACCCUGAUCCGAAAAUACCUGGAAGAGUUCACCUUCAAGCUGGCAGAGUUGGAAGAUCUCGAACCCAUAAACAGACACGAUGCACUAAGCUACCUCUUCUUAUGGGACUGUAUCAUAAAUGCUUGCGCUAAAUCGCCGGUUGCAUUGCGAGCUGUCUACACCAAUUGGCUGAAUGAUAACAAAUAUGAAGAGAAUUUCCUACAUUUCCUCUUUCGCGCAAUGCCAGUGGACAUACUUAAGAAUCACGGGGCCAAGGUGCACAGCAACGGCGUUUACAAGGAGUUGACUUGGGCUCAGCUGAAGGAUCGUCAGCUGCCCCUGGAUCGAUAUGUCUGCCAUCUGUACACGGAGGUGCUACGAAAGCUGCCGGCGGUGGUGCGAAAAUGGUGGAACGCAACCCAGUCCAGGCAAAAGAACUUUGUGGACAACCUCACAACCAACUACGUGAGCUCGCUGAUUUGCAGCGAGGAGCUUAAGGCGAUCGCCAAUCGCAAGGAGAAGCACGAGAAUAUGCAGGUCACUGUUCACUCUUCCACACGCGAAGUGCUGGCGGUCUAUGCCAUCGAUGAGGCCCGCAUGGAACUGGUCAUAACACUGGCCCCUAAUUACCCGCUGGGAGCUGUAAAAGUCGAGUGCGGCAAGCAAAUUGGUGGACGGGCUUCCUCUCGAAAUGUGGGGAUGCAAUUGACCAUUUUCUUGACACACCAGAAUGGAACCAUUUACGAUGGCCUGACCAUGUGGAAGAACAAUCUAGACAAAAAGUUCGAGGGCGUAGAAGAGUGCUAUGUCUGCUAUACCGUUAUCCAUCAGGACACUUGUCAGCUGCCCAAGCUGACGUGCAAAACCUGCAAGAAGAAAUUCCAUGGACCUUGUUUGUAUAAAUGGUUCACCACAAGUAGCAAGUCCACCUGUCCCAUUUGCCGCAACGUCUUCUAGAUAUGUGUAUAAACAAAAUCAUUAGUUGAAAACAUGUAUUAAGCAAAACGCAAAACCAAACCCUUCGAUGUAGGCAUUAGUUUUUGGUCUCUCAAAUUGUAAAUCGGCAAUAAUAAUAAAUUCGUACAUGUUUUAUUGUUCUAUAUGAGAUGUUAA